AUGGCUUCUAAAUGCAAGAAAAAAUGGAAAAUACUACGAGGUAGUCUCACAAGAUAUAUAAAACACUGUACUGGAAAAAGUGGAGAUUCAGCUAAAUCAAAAAAGAAAUAUUAUUUAUGGGAUGUAAUGCAAUUCGUGGUACCCUUUACAAAAUCAAGACCCCAAUCGGGCAAUUUGUCUAUUGAGAGUGAUGAAGAGGAAAUACUUGAAACUGAUCAGUACGGUAUAGACGAUGAUGACAAUGAGUCAAGAGCUACCGGUCCUAAAGAACACCCCUCUGAUCAUCAUUCGGAAGUAGAUUUACCGGAUAAUAAUUUCUCACGUACACCUUCACGUACAUCGAGUAGAUCCUCACCAAAAAGGAAGGCUCCGCCAUAAACUCCAGAGGAUAAAAUAGAGCAUGCUGUCGUCAAUUACCUUUCUUAAAAAAGUGCACCAAAACCUGAAAACCCAGACUUAGAUUUUUAAAAGCAUUCUUCCUGAUAUUGCUACUUUAAACGCAUCGAAGAAACGAAGAUUCAAGGUAAUAGUACUGCAGACAUUAGACAAUAUGUUACAAAAAGAUACUACAUCAACAUAAGCGAGUGCUUCCACUUCUGUGUCUAAUAAUGACAGGCAAAACACGACGCACAUAUAUAGCAACAUUCACGUUCGCUAAUUUACUCCGUUUCCCUCCGAUGGAAGCAUACUCGUCAACGAAGGUAACUAUCCACCAAAUUAUUCUUCUGGAUAUGAGGGUUAAAAUACACCUCAAACAUUCACUAUCUUGUCGUUGACCGAUUAACGAUUUUAAAGUAUAUAUUUUGUAAGUAUAAAAUAAAUUCAUGUUUGA